AUGGAUGCUCUGCACGAGGCUGGGGUCAGGGCAGCAGCAGCUCUGCAGGCUGGACCACCCUGGCUGGAGCAGUUCUGGAUCUUCCUGACCUCCCGUGCCGAUCCCAAAUCCAUCUACACCAUCUGCUUCCCACUCGCCCACAGCCUGGACACACACAUGGGGCUGAUGGUGCUGUGGAUUGGGCUCGUGGCCGAGUGGCUCAACGUGGUCUUCAAAUGGUUCCUGUUUGGGGAACGCCCGUACUGGUGGCUCCAGGAGUCGGGAUUCUCCCACCGGGAGCUGCUCCUGCCGCGCCAGUUCCCGGUCACCUGCGAAACGGGACCAGGGAGCCCCUCGGGCCACUGCAUGAUCACUGGGGCAGCUCUGUGGCCACUGAUCACUGCCCUGACAGCUCAGGUGUCCUCCCACACCCAGAGCCGGGCACUGAGGAUGAUCCCAUUCCUUGCCUACUCCCUCUUCAUGGUGGCCAUGGGGCUCUCCCGGAUUUUUGUGCUGGCUCACUUCCCCCAUCAGGUAGCCACUGGCAUCCUGGCAGGGGCAGCGCUGGGGUGGGGGCUGCAGUGUCACCCCCCUGACUUCCGUGUCCCUCGCUUCUUCGUGGUGGUGGCACUGAGCCUGCUGCUGAGCACUGUGGCCUUGCACAGCCUGGUCACAACUGCUGGCAUCGACCUCGACUG